GCGGCGAGCAGCGAGCAGGAGCAACACGGGCUGGACCACAGGAUUAUAUCUGCCAAGACGCGGAUUUUAUAUCAGUUUUUUUCUUUUAAUCAGAAAGGAAGUCUAUUGACGGAUCGUGUAUCUAUCGCGGAAGAUUGCAAAUCAUGCCAUCUAAAACUGCAAAGAGCUCAACUGCGUCCGCUAAGCCAAGAGGGAAAGGGUCGCAGCCUCGGGAUCACUCCGAGGACGAGCUGGAUGUGCCCCCUCAGGAAACCAAGUCCAAUGGCCAAGAGGAGGCACCACCGACAACUGAUGCAACUCAGGGGGAAGCUGCCGAGGCAGUUGAUAAUCGAAGUUUGGAGGAGAUUCUCAGUAGCAUCCCUCCACCCCCGCCCCCAGCAAUGACCAAUGAACCGGGCGCUCCUCGCCUCAUGAUAACACACUUAGUUAAUCGCAACUUUAAGUCGUAUGCAGGCGAGGAGAUUCUGGGGCCUUUUCACAAGCGCUUUUCCUGCAUCAUUGGUCCAAAUGGAAGUGGAAAGUCCAAUGUCAUAGAUUCAAUGCUCUUUGUGUUUGGAUACAGAGCUCAAAAGAUCAGAUCAAAAAAGCUGUCAGUGCUGAUUCACAGCUCUGAUAAACACAAAGAUGUGCAAAGCUGUACUGUGGAGGUUCACUUUCAAAAGAUUAUUGAUAAGGAAGGAGAUGACUACGAAGUCAUCCCCAACAGCAAGUUCUAUGUUUCCAGAACUGCCAACAAAGACAAUUCCUCAGCCUACUAUAUCAAUGGAAAGAAAGCUACAUUUAAAGAAGUGGGGGCUUUACUCCGAAGCCAUGGUAUUGACCUCGACCACAAUAGAUUUCUGAUCUUACAGGGAGAGGUGGAGCAGAUUGCCAUGAUGAAGCCUAAAGGGCAGACGGAGCAUGAUGAGGGCAUGCUGGAGUACAUGGAAGAUAUCAUUGGCUCUUGUCGUCUCAAGGAGCCUAUCCAAACCCUGGCUCGUCGCAUUGAGCUCCUCAAUGAGCAGAGGGGAGAAAAGCUAAACAGAGUUAAGCACGUAGAAAAGGAGAAGAAUGCUUUGGAAGGAGAAAAGAACAAUGCUGUGGAGUUCCUCACACUGGAGAAUGAUAUCUUCAAACUCAAGAGUCGGCUCCAUCAGUAUUAUGUUCAUGAUCUGCAGAAACGUGUGGUGGAUAAAGAGCAGGAAAAGCAGAAGAUCUUGGAGGAAACCAAGGAACUCACUGAAAAAAAUGCAAAGAUAUCAGAGGAGAUGGAGAAAAUGAACCAAGAGCUCAACAAUGUGGAAAAAAAACAAAAUAAAAUCAACAAGUAUAUUGAAACCCAGAAGCAGAAGUUCAUCCAGCUAGACAUGGAGGAUAUUGAAGUCCGUGAGAAGAUGAAACACUCAAAAAGCAAGAACAAGGCAUUGCAGAAGCAGCUGGAAAAGGAUCAAAAAAAGCUCGAGGAAGUGCGCGGUAUACCAGCCAGCAGUGAAAAGGCCAUCUCUGAGGCAACAGCUCGCAAGGAAGACUCGGAAAAACAGAAAGUGAAACAAGAAGAAAAACUAAAAGAAGUGAUGGAAAGUCUGAAGGAGGAGACAAGCGGCUUGCAACAGGACAAAGAGCAAAAAGAGAAAGAACUCAUGGAACUCAGCAAAGCUGUAAAUGAGACUCGUUCUCGCAUGGACCUUGCUCAGUCUGAGCUUGACAUCUAUCUUAGCCGCCACAAAACGGCUGUGACCCAGCUCAACACAGCCAAGCAGACACUUCAGACAACAUCAGACACACUGCAGGAGCGCCGUGCAACCAUCAAAGACCUGCAAGUCCAAAUACCCAAGAAAGAGCAGGAGCUCAAGAAGAGCCAAGAAGAGCAGGAGAAACUGAUGAAGAUGGAUAAUGAGACAAGGGAGGUGGUGAGGGAACUGAGGCAGAAGGUGGAUGAAGCCAAGACCUCACUCUCCUCCAAUCGCAGUCGAGGAAAAGUCUUGGAUGCUCUAAUGCAGCAGAAAAAGAGCGGCCGGAUUACUGGCAUCUAUGGAAGACUGGGAGACCUUGGAGCCAUUGAUGAGAAGUAUGAUGUGGCCAUUUCCUCUUGUUGUGGUGCUCUGGACAACAUUGUGGUGGAUACCAUUGACACAGCUCAGAAAUGUGUAACAUUCCUCAAAGAACAAAACAUUGGGGUUGCCACUUUCAUCGGUCUUGAUAAGAUGAAGGUGUGGGAGAGAAACAUGGCUUCAAUUCGCACUCCAGAGGACACCCCUCGCCUCUUUGACAUGGUGAGAGUGAACAAUGAGAAUGUGCGACCAGCUUUCUAUUUUGCUCUAAGAGACACCCUAGUGGCCCAAGACAUGGAGCAAGCCACAAGGAUGGCUUUCCAGAAAGACAAGCGCUGGAGGGUGGUCACCCUGAAGGGACAGAUCAUCGAGAUGGCUGGCACCAUGACUGGAGGUGGAAGAGUUCUGAAGGGCAGAAUGGGUUCUUCUAUUGGCCCUGAGGUUUCCCAGGAGGAGCUUGACCGCAUGGAGGGCAAGCUAAACGACAAAGUCUCAAAGCUACAGGGCUGCCAGGAGAGAAAGCUGCAGCUAGAGGAGAACAUCCAGCACCUGCAGCCACAACUCAGAGAAAUGAAGAACACCCUGGAAAAAUACACCAACAGCAUCACUAGUUUGGCUGAUCAGGAGACUCACUUGAAACUUCAGAUUAAGGAGCUUGAAGCCAACGUGUUGGCGGCUGCUCCAGACAAGGCCAAACAGAAACAGAUGGAAAAGAGCCUGGGAGCAUUCACAAAAGACUAUGAAGCAGCUUCCAGUACGGCUGGAAAGGUAGAAAGUGAGGUAAAAAGGCUGCACAACCUCAUUGUAGACAUCAAUAGCCACAAACUUAAGGCUCAGCAGGACCAACUCGAUAAGAUCAACAAGGACUUGGAUGACUGCUCCUCUAUCAUAACCAAGGCUAAAGUAGCCAUAAAGACCGCUGACCGCAACCUGAAAAAGUGUGAGGAGAGUGUUACCCGUGUGCAGGGUGAGCUGGAGGACAAUAAGAAGUUGAUGACUGAGCUCACAGAACACAUGGAGAAAUUGGAAGAUCAGGCCAGGGAGAUCCAGAAAGGCAGUACAGAAGCUGAGGCUGCACUGCCUGAAGUGCAGGAGGAGUAUCAGAGGGUUUUGAAGGAGAUAAAGAUCCUCCAGCAACAGGAACAUGCGCUGCAAGAGGAGUCCCUCAAUGUCCGGCUCGCCAUUGAGCAAAUAGACGCCACAAUCACUAAACACAGCGGAAAGAUCAAAUAUUGGCACGAGGAGGCUGUCAAGCUGUCUCUUCACUCCAUGGAAGGCCAGCCAGCAGAGACUCUCCCUGUGCUCCCUCCCGCUGAGUUGGAAGCAAUCAAAGAUCCCAACAUCAUCGUCAACAAGAUGAGCACGUUGGAGAUCCAGUGUGGUCAGAUGAAGCCCAAUCUUGGAGCUAUCUCUGAGUACAAAAAGAAGGAGGAGCUGUACCUGCAGCGAGUUGCCCAGCUGGAUGAGAUCACCUCGGAGAGGGACAAAUUCAAACAUGGCUACGAGGACUUGCGCAAACGCCGACUCAAUGAGUUCAUGACGGGAUUCAACAUGAUCACCAACAAGCUGAAGGAGAAUUACCAGAUGCUUACUCUGGGUGGUGACGCGGAGCUGGAGCUCGUGGACAGUUUAGACCCUUUCUCUGAGGGCAUCAUGUUCAGUGUUCGUCCUCCAAAGAAAAGCUGGAAGAAGAUCUUUAACCUGUCUGGAGGAGAAAAGACCCUCAGCUCCCUGGCUCUGGUGUUUGCUCUGCACCACUACAAGCCCACGCCGCUCUACUUCAUGGACGAGAUAGAUGCUGCUCUCGACUUCAAGAACGUCUCCAUAGUGGCGUGUUACAUAUACGAGCAAACAAAGAAUGCCCAGUUCAUCAUCAUCUCCUUGAGGAAUAACAUGUUUGAGAUCGCUGAUCGUCUUAUCGGUAUUUACAAAACGCACAACACAACCAAGAGCGUGGGAAUCAACCCCAAGACCAUCAUCUUCAAAGAGCACGAAGCCAUCACCGCUUAAACCCAUCUUCCUGCUUCUGUCUUUUAUUUUCCCAUUUCACACUGUGUAAAUAUUUUUAAACUGUCCCUUUCAAUUAAAUGCUGCUAUUCUUAUCCAACCAAUAAAUGUUUUCCAGUAAGAA